AUGCUUCUGCGUUCGUUCCUGGGACUUGUUGCGUCCCUGACUCUGUGGGGCACGUUCUUCCCUGUGCCGUAUACCGAUAUCCGCCCCCACGGGUCCUUCGUGGAAAGGGUGACUGGGGCAAUUAGGGCCUCAUUUUUUUUAACAGGCGCCUAUGAAUUCGUGCUAAUCGCCAAUUCGAAGGCCGCCGGGGCCUUCCAGCACGAGAGACCUGGGUCGUUCGCGGGCUUCUCAGGACUCCCCAGAUUGCCUAGUAAUGCAUAUCUCGAUGGUAUGUAUUGCAACAGCAGUUCCUGGGUAUUCAUCCCCAGUGUUGGUACGGUAGCGUCCCCAAAUACAUGUUUCUCGCGAGAUAUGUAUUCCGGCAGCUCCUCAGAAAUCGGUUUGGCCGUGGAGCCUGUGGAGCCCUCUCGCGUUGCUAUCGGCGGCGUCGAGAUGGACGAUGCGGCGCAAUCAGCCAAAUCAUCCAGUUUUCUUCUGGAUAUUGCUUACACACGGGAGGAUCAGGUCCUCUCCUUCGGUAGACUUUUCGUGCCUUCACCAGAGGUGGCUAAACACUUCGUUAUGACAUCCGGUCUGACCGUCACGACCAACAUGAGCAAUGACGUGGCCCUGAUGCCAAUAUCAGAUGCUUAUGAGGUCGUUACCGCCAUGAUCGAGUCAUCUAUAGGUAUGGGGCAAUCAGGUGUAAACCCCAUCUACUGCAGGGAGAACGGUCCUGUCUUCACCGACUCUGUUGCAGUGUGUGACGUUCCGUUGUCAAGUCCUGCAUUGGUUACAGGCUCGCAACUGGUGGAAUAUUCGUUCCAUCCAGGUGUCGGCGUCGUAAUCAGUCGUUUGGCGCGACAGCAGAUCGGAACGCCUGUUAACUGGUCGAAUUGCAUAGCCGCAGACUCUGAUGCCAUACCCGUGAAAAGAGUCAACAAUGAACGCGGUUCGAUUUCCCUGUUGCCUGCCUCAGUUGCUUCAGUCCGUAUGCCCCAGUUGACGGCGCUUGUGCUCCGCCGGCUGGAGAACAUCUCACACUUUGUGCUCCUGCGGCUCGUGUUCGUUAUCGUCGCGAACGCAGGUGAUGGGCAAACGGCUGCGGAAAACAGGAGCAGCACCGACAAGGAAGAAGGACCCUCGGAGCGUCCAAAGAGGAACAGGAUGGGCCAGAGGCAACGACGUCGACUUCACCAGCGCGAGAUGCGGAAACAACAGGCGGAACUGAUAGAUCGCCUGGAAAUGGAGAGUGAUGGUGGAUCUAAUCCACCACCACAAGCUCCUCCAGCUCCUAUACCAGCCUCGCCUGUUGGGCAUGCCGCGUCGUCGACAGUUGCGCCGAUGGCGCCAAUUCGGCCUGCCAUGCCUGUGAAUCAACAGGGCCAGGGGAAUGGGUUCCGCCCACCUCAUCACAUCCACCUCCCCACUUUCGGCAAUUCCCGGUAG